AUGGACAAUUUUAGACCGUUAAGCUUGACAGAUCGAAGGGCUUCAACUGCACCCAUUGAAAAAGACGGCGAAAUAUCUCCCACUCGAAUGUUAACAGUCGACACAAAUGGCGACCACAUUCCAAUGCCGCAAAGGUUAGAAAAGAUACAAAGUCGACCACGAGGUCCCCCAACUCCCAAUAUGUCAACUCCUUCCGCCGAUCUACAAUCUCCCACUCAUUCGAGCCACGAUCCCCCUCCUCCCCCUACACCCGCGGCGAGUCCAGGCCCCAAUCACCUACAACCAGAUUGGAGCGAUGCGGGAGAAAGUGAAGAUAUCUUUUUAUCGCAAAUUAGGAUAUACUUCAAGCAAAGUUCGGCACCUGAAAGAACGAGGAUAUUAGGAGAUCUUUUAAAUCUUUGCACAAGCCAACAACUCAGCUUUGUGCAUCAAUAUGUUAGCCCCUUACUGAAAAAGGAUCCAUUUACAAGUUUGCCAGAUGAAAUAUGUCUUCGUGUAUUGUCUUGUAUUGAUGACCCGAAAGUACUUGCGCGCGCAUCACAAGUUUCGAAACGUUGGAGAGAUCUCCUUACCGACGAUGUUACCUGGAUGAAAUUAUGUGCGAAGCACGACUAUGGCCGAAGAAUGUCAGAACAUCAACCAACUGCUCCUCUAACUCCGUCACUUCGACCGCCUCCACAUCCAGUUCAUACGAUUUUACAAGCAGGAGAUAGCCUGAGUGUUGCACAGUCAUUCCCCGGAGUGAGCGCAGCGUUACCCUAUGCUCCUGGAAGUUCUAAAAGUUUCGAUAGCGCUACCGCCUCGGGCGUGCUAAGAAGACCAAAGAUCAGGUCGUAUAAAUCACAUUUUAAGCAGAGAUAUUUGGUCGAAACCGCCUGGAGGACAGGAGGUCAAAAUAUUGCAAGACACAUUACACAAGAUCAGGGAGUUGUGACAAGUCUGCAUUUGACACCAAAGUACAUUGUAGUUGCUUUGGAUAAUGCCAAGAUUCAUGUUUUCAACACGGAUGGAAAUGCACAAAAGACCUUGACUGGGCAUGUAAUGGGGGUUUGGGCGAUGGUACCUUGGGAAGAUACUCUCGUUAGUGGAGGCUGCGAUCGGGACGUCCGAGUAUGGGAUAUGGCUACUGGUGAGAGUUUACAUACUUUACGUGGACAUACUUCGACAGUACGAUGCUUAAAGAUGUCCGACGCAAAUACGGCAAUUUCAGGUUCUCGAGAUACCACUCUGAGAAUUUGGGACAUCAAAUCCGGGCUUUGCAAAAACGUCCUUGUCGGUCAUCAGGCUAGUGUAAGAUGCUUGGAAAUCAAGGGAGAUAUUGUUGUUUCUGGAAGUUAUGAUACUAUGGCGAGGGUAUGGAGCAUCUCAGAGGGUAGAUGUCUACGGACACUCACGGGACAUUUCUCACAAAUCUAUGCCAUAGCUUUUGAUGGGAAGAGGAUAGCUACAGGAAGUCUGGAUACCAGUGUUCGGAUUUGGGAUCCAGAAAAUGGGUCUUGCCAAGCUAUUCUCCAAGGACACACUUCACUCGUUGGGCAAUUGCAAAUGCGAGGAAACACAUUAGUAACGGGUGGCUCUGAUGGGUCUGUUCGUGUCUGGUCACUUGAAAAGAUGGCUCCAAUUCAUCGAUUGGCUGCUCAUGAUAACAGCGUCACGAGUUUACAGUUUGAUGAUACACGAGUCGUCAGCGGGGGUAGUGACGGUCGAGUCAAGGUGUGGGAUCUAAAGACUGGACAACUUGUUCGUGAACUUACGGCUCCUGCUGAGGCUGUUUGGAGAGUAGCUUUCGAAGAGGAAAAGUGUGUGGUUAUGGCAAGCAGAUCAAAUCGUACUAUCAUGGAAGUAUGGUCAUUUUCUCCACCAGAAGAUGUCUUAUAUGAGAAGACUUAUGCCCAACCAAUACCCAUCACUGGACCUACAAGACCACUAAGUGCUAUCGAAUAUCGCAGUGGUAGUCAAGACCAAGCUAUGCAAGGGAUCGUAACUCACGAUGCAACAUACGCGCGGGAUGAUAUUGAGAUGGCUGAUGCCGGACCAUCGACAGCUCCACCACAAGCCACUGGACCUACCUUUUUUCACGAGGAUGACUGA